CUGGAUUGCGAUAUGUGCUUGUAAUUUAUGGAUCUGUUGUCCUGGCAGCAGCAAACGUUUAGCUGACCAGUAUGGAAGAAAAAAAUUAUAAUUCAAGAGAAGGAGGACUCCAAAGAUUUCUUAUUCCAUCACCAUCAUCCAUCACCCAGGAGGCAGUUUCUCAACCGAAAUGCUCGUUCUUUCAGGCCUCAGAAAAAGUAGAAACAGUCCCAAAAGCUGGGAGUUAUGCAGAUUACAUUUUUCAGAAGGAGGCAUGGGAUCCUGUACAAAAAGGCCAAUUUAGCAAUAUGGCUGCAAGUGAAAAUGCAGUUUCUAUUGUGAAGCAAACAACAAAUCAAACCACAAAGUCCGCAGGAGCGGGAAGCUGCAUUCUUGUCAGCACCCGACAGAGAGGAAACUCGCUACUUAAAUAUUUGCGAAAUGUACCAUGGGAGUUCAGUGACAUUGUUCCAGACUAUAUACUUGGGGAAACCUGCUGUUCUCUCUUUCUGAGUCUACGAUACCAUAAUCUGAAUCCAGAGUACAUACACUCUCGUCUGAGGUCCCUUGGUCAAUCCUUUGCACUUCGUGUGCUUCUUGUACAAGUGGACGUGAAAGACCCUCAUUUUUCCCUUAAAGAGUUGGCAAAGAUCUGUAUCCUGUCUGAUUGCACACUAAUACUGAGCUGGAGUCCUGAGGAGGCUGCUCGGUACCUUGAGACAUAUAAAUGUUAUGAACAGAAACCUGCAGAUGCUCUGAAAGAAAGAACUGAGAAGGACUUCAUGUCUACGAUGACAGAGUGUCUCACAACUGUUAAGUAUGUAAACAAGACAGACAGCUGCACUCUAUUUACCACGUUUGGGACUCUGUUUGACCUUGCAAAUGCAUCACGUGAAGAUCUUUCUUUAUGCCCUGGCCUCGGACCCCAGAAAUUGCUAGGAGAGUUGAGAAUCGGAGACUGAACAUCGAUCUCAAGCUAUCUCCUGAAUUGGCAUUACUUGACUUUCAGACGACCUCCUCUCCCAUGAUGAAACUUUGGAAUAAGUAUAAACAUUUUAUUUUCAUGGUCCUUGCAGCUACACGUAAAUUAAUUUUGGAUUCAAGAAAACUCCCCAGAUUUAAAAGAUGUUUUGUUUUAUCUUAGGUCUCUUUGUUUGGAUGCAGCAGUUUUAGAUAUGGUAGCUCUGGCUUUAUGGACACAUUUUUAAAAUGUUGGUCCCUAUACUUUAACUUUCUGGGUUCUGAGAAUAAAGCCAUAAUUGAAAAAUGUAUGUUCAGUUCUGACAGAGAUUCUAUUUUACAUACUCACAGGAGUUUUAAUAUUUGAUGGAAGAUGUGCUUUUUUCUGUAUAAGAUGUAGUUAAUUGUUUUGUUGGACUGACGGACAGGACUUUUCUUUUUACUGUUAUGUUUGUUUUUAUUUUUUUUAGUUUUGUUUUCUAUGUUAUUUUAUGGUCUAAUCUAAGGCAUCAUUCAAUGUUUAUUUUCUUUGGAUUGAUAGGUAAUAAUCCUGUACUGUUACAUUAACUGAUGGGCUUAUGUCAGCCAAUCCUUUGUUAUGUUGUUUAUUUCUCAUGCUGUUUAUUUGAAAAUGCUAAUAAACACAAUUGAAAAGAAA